AUGACCUUGGAGAUUCUGGAGCUGUCUGGUAGUCUUAUCUCAAAAGAAGGCUGUAAAUGUCUGGCUUCAGCUCUGACGUCAAACCCCUCUCAUCUAAAAGAGCUGGAUCUGAGCUACAAUCAUCUUGGAGAAUCUGGACUGAAGCUAUUAUUUGCUAAACUGGGGGAUCCUGUCUGUAAACUGGAGACACUAAAUACGGACAACUGUGCAGAAAUCAGACUCAGACCAGGUGUGCAGAAAUAUCCUUGUGAGCUCACACUGGACCCAAACACAGCACACAGAAACCUCUCUUUCUCUGGAGGGAACAGGAAGGUGACAAGUGUGAGUGAGGAGCAGCCGUAUCCUGAGCACCCAGACAGAUUUGAGAGGUGGUACCAGGUUUUGUGUAAAGAGGGUCUAUCAGGACGCUGCUACUGGGAGGCUAAGUGGAGUCACGGAUCUACUCAUAUAGUUGUGGCCUAUAAAAACAUUGAGAGGAAAGGAUGUGGUGAGGACAGCCGCUUCGGAUAUAAUGACAAGUCUUGGACUUUGUACUGCUCUCCCGAAGGCUACUCUGCCUGGCACAACAAAGAGCUCACUGCCAUACCUGCCCUCUCCUCCAGCUCCAGCAGAGUAGGGGUGUACCUGGACUGGAUGGCCGGCAUUCUGUCUUUCUACAGCAUCUCGUCUGGCACACUCACCCACCUGCACACGUUCUACACCACAUUCACUGAGCCCCUCUAUCCUGGGUUUUGGGUUUGGGAACAUAACUCCCCUGUGUCCCUGUGCCAGAUCACAUGACCUCCGCAUACCACAGGGACACCAGAGUCACACAGCUAAGUGUGCCAACACGUCCAGGUGGGGGUCAUCCCUAUGUUCCCCAGGUCCGGUUUUACCCAAAAGGGUCCUAUGUUGCCUGGUCGCAAUGCAUACCAGGGAACAUAGGACACUUUUCGGGAAAAGCGGGAAACAUAGCAACUUUUUUUUUGAAAAUAACUCUACUACAACUCUGGGCCCAAACUCUGGUCCCAAACAGGGUGCCUAUGUUCCUCGGGUCCUAUGUUCCCCACAUUGUUUGGGACCGGGGAACAUAGGAACAUAUAGGCACCCUGUCUAGGUUUGAGCCCACAUGGGCUUUACUUGGGUUAGAUGGGCUUCAUUUGGGCAUGGGCACAGAGUGGGCUUCACUUGGGUUUGAUGGGUUUCCAUGUGGAGUUUAUUAUUUACUCAUUGGCUCUCUCUGUUUGCUUAUCACUCUGAAAAGCGCCAUGAGACAUGUGUAAUGUGUAAUUGAAAUUGAAGUUUCAACUGGGCAUGGGCUCACAUGGGCUUUACUUGGGUUAGAUGGGUUUCCACUGGGCAUGGACAUGCAUGAGUUGUCUAGGCCAUGUAUUGUAGUAGAGUGUAUAAAACCUUAAGUAUUGAGUGCUGUAUUCUACCAAAUUGGGCAGCUUUAUGGCAAAGGUUGUAUCUCACUUCCUUAUUAAUGUUAAUGACCUUAUUUUUGUUUAUUAAACUCUAAUAAAUACAUC